AUGGUUCAAGGUUUCUCAGAUAUAGCUGCAAUGUGCGUCGGCCUGAUUGGGCUAAUCGGAGCAGCAGCCACUACGGGAAUGCCGAUGUGGAAGGUGACAGCUUUCAUCGGAGAGAACAUAAUUGUGAUGGAAACCCGCUGGGAGGGCUUGUGGAUGAACUGCUACCGACAGGCUAAUAUCAGGAUGCAGUGUAAGGUGUACGACUCCCUGCUGUUCCUGCCACCUGAGUUACAGGCAGCCAGGGGUCUGAUGUGUUGUUCUGUGGCCCUAUCAGGACUGGGGCUUCUCGUUGGACUGGUAGGAAUGCGGUGCAUGUCCUGUUUUCAGGGGAAUGACUGGGCAAAGACCAUAUUCCUGUUUGUUGCAGGUGGUAUGCAGUUCGCAGCCUGCAUCAGUGUUUUCAUCCCUGUGUCGUGGACAGGCCAUGUCAUCAUCAGAGAUUUUUAUAACCCUUUGCUCAUCGACGCCCAGAGGAGAGAGCUCGGGGAGGCUCUCUACAUCGGCUGGGUGACCGGCGCCUUCCUUUUUGCCUCAGCCCUGUUGUUCCUCUGCCGCCGCAUGCCUUCAGACAAAGGCUCAUUUGAUGUGUAUCACCCUCACCUGCUCAGUUACAAGACAACACCCAACCAACCAACUCUAAUGAGAUAUCAUCCCAUCUCCAAUGUUUCCAGCCUCCAAUCCACUGCAUACCAGCCUUCUCCACCAAACAACGGCUCUGUCGGGCAACAAUUUGCGAUGCCACUGCAAAACUUCCCUCAAGUUAUGACCAAUGAUGGAGCACUAAUCAACCAUCCUGUUAUGUACAAUCCAGGUCUGCCUGAAAGUGCAUCAUUGUUAUAUCAAGCUAGCAUGGCUCAACGUUCCUCACUGCGGAGCUCUGACCAUGUUGGGAGUUUGUAUACUCCAGGAAACUCCUUAUACAUCAGCCAAAACACGACUCCUUAUUCACUCAAUCCCUCAGCGUCCUACCAGUCCAGUUUUUACCCGGUGCCACACACUCCUGUUUUCAUAGGAUACAAAUCAUCAAGAGCUCAUCCAGACCCUCACAGUGGGAGCCGUCCUGGUGUGUACAUUUAA